AUGUCUGACACACCAGCGGAUGUGGACCCUGACAGGGUGGUGACGGACGGGGAGUUGGCUGCCGUCAUCGUCGUCUCCGUCCUUAUCUUCAUCCUCCUGGUCAUACAGAUAGCGCUGCUCAUCUACAUCUUCUGUCGCAAGAAGCGAUGCCCAUGUUCGCGGAAGAAAUCAGAAGCGGACUCGAAACCGUAUUAUGAAAACAGAUAUGGGGAGAUCAGCUGGAGUUACGCUGAGAAAAAAGUUCACAGAGACUCUAAGAGAUCAGACGAAGAAUCUCUCAUCGGGGAGGAAGCCUCCGUCUCCGAGGAUUCCGGGUCACGUGUGGUGGGGAUCGACGAUGAACACACAAAGAAACAAACUCCACGUCUCAAGCAUGAGGACCCUGACAAACAGAAGAAGGAAGAAGUCGAGGAUGUUGGAGAAGAUGAACUUGUCCCGGAUGACGAGGCAAAGAAGGAGGGUGACGAGGGAAAUGAGGAUGACGAGGCAAAGAAGCAGGGUGACGAGGGAAAUGAGGACGACGAGGCAAAGAAGAAGGAUGACGAGGGAAAGAAGGAAGAUGAUGAACGUGAUCCAUCUGUGAUUACUAGGCUGGAUGAGGACGAGGAUGAACACACAAAGAACCAACCUGCGCCUCUCAAGCAUGAGGACCUGGAUGAUAAACAGAAGAAGGAAGAAGUCAAGGAUGUUGGAGAAGAUGAUUUGGACCCGGAUGACAAGAGGAAGAUGAAAGAUGACGAACGUGACCCAUCUGUGAUCUCCAAGCCUGUGGAUGAGAACGAAGAUGAAGACACAGUGGAACCACCGCCGCCUCUCAAGCAUGAGGAACUGGACGAGAAACAGAAGGAAGAAGUCAAGGAUGUUGAGAAGAAGAUGAUUUGGAAUCGGAUAAGGGGAUGA